UUAUAGGUCAACAACGGUUAUCUUCUCCUUCUCUGCCUCUGCUUGCAAACUUCAAACCUAAGCAAAAAUCCAUUUUUUCUGGUUGCUUCUUCGUCGCCAUCUCACACCCAACUUCAACUUCUCUGACAUUAUCUCUACACCUUCCUCUCUUCUUAUCUGGGGUUUUCCAGCUUUACUCUGUUCUUCUUCUGUUCUUGCUCAGUUUCUCAAGAGAGAUCUAAUCAAACUCUCUUUCUGAUUCCGAUAUGAGUACUCGUUAUUCCUCUCAGCUACAAUCAUCAGCCAUUAGCUCCAUCACUGUCUCCUCAUCUUCUUCCCUCCAUUCAACGCCACAUGAUGAUAACACUCACAUGGCUCCUCAGAGCUCUCCAUCUCCUUCCUUCUUGAUGAGACUGGCCAUGAGAGUAUCUAGAGCUAGGUGGUUCAUUUUCUUGAGAAGGGUGUUUCAUUACCAGAACGCCUCAAGAUCCGAUCUUGGCACCAAUCCUUUCAAUUCAGUCACUUGGAUGAUAUCAGAGCUCAUCGCUUUACUUGUACAGAUCACUGUGAUAACAUCCACACUAGCCUUGUCCAAGAAAGAGAGGCCUGUUUGGCCGAUGAGGCUAUGGAUCACCGGUUACAACGUCGGAUGUCUGCUCAAUCUUAUGCUGUUAUACGGUCGGUAUCGUCAACAUGACACUAGCCAAGGUAAUGGAUUUAGCUUUGGUGAUAUUGAGCAGCAAGAAAGAAGCAGAGAAGAGACCAGGUGCUCACAUUUGAUGAACAGAUGCAGGACAUCGCUGGAACUUUUCUUUGCGAUAUGGUUUGUGAUAGGCAAUGUAUGGGUGUUUGAUUCUAGGUUCGGUUCUUUCCACUAUGCUCCAAUCCUUCAUGUCCUCUGCAUCUCCCUGCUCACUUGGAACGCUCUCUGCUACUCCUUCCCAUUUCUGCUCUUCCUCCUGCUAUGUUGUGUUGUGCCUCUCAUCAGUAGCUUCCUCGGCUACAACAUGAACAUUGCAUCUUCUGACAAAGGAGCGUCAGAUGACCAAAUAUCUAGUCUCCCCAGUUGGAAAUACAAACUCAUUGAUGAAACUUCUGAUUCUGCUCAAGCAAACAAUGAUCCGGAAUGCUGCAUAUGUUUGGCAAAGUACAAAGAGAGAGAAGAAGUGAGAAAGCUUCCAUGUUCGCAUAGGUUCCACCUCAAAUGCGUAGAUCAAUGGCUUCGUAUCAUCUCGUGCUGUCCUCUCUGCAAACAAGAUCUCCCUAACUAAAAAUAAAAUCAAAACGAGAAAACAAGAUUGAGAAUCUAAGACCAAGUACCAUAUAUUUGGCUGUUUUUAACUUUUGGGUUUUGUAUCUAGACUGCUGUCGGUUACUUGUGUGAGUGUCAUUUUUAAUUUCCUUUUCUUGUGUAUAGAAGAGCUUACCAGUAACCGUAACUCCGUAAGUAUGCCCUGAAAAGCAGUUAAAAAAAAAAAUGUAAGUAGAAAAAUCAAAAAUCAUCAUAUCAUGAACAUACAUACUGAAU